AUGGGGUGGUUCGGAGUCCACCCAGCGAAAGUAGUCACACCCGCGUUCAAACCGGUUGUUGACAAUAGGGCACUUGUAAAACUCACGCCCUGGGUUCUGAUUAGUCCACGCCGUCAGGAUAAUCGGUGUUUCCAAGCACUAACAGUGGGGAGUAACCGGGUUUCCCUGAUUUGCUACGAUCUGGGCAUCAGCGCCGGUGGAGGAGGAGGAACGACAAUCCAUGUUUGCAGUUCUUUUCACGUACCGGAAUUACCUGACGAUGUCCUCACCAGAAUUAUAUCUCUAAGAGCCAACAACUCUGUCGUUGUUCUACGACCUUUUGUUCGCGCCGGAGGUCGGACCAGACGUCUAGUGUACACACCAACAGUACUUCGUAAUUGCAACUUCCACCCUCUGUUUUUCCGCGACCCCGAUAGCAUUCUCAACCACAAUGGGAGGGCCCGACACAUCUUCGAAGCUGCUAUUCGAGAAGGAAAUCAACAGGCCGUUUACUUCGAGUCUCUUAAUCGAGUAGUGAUCCACGAAGAUUAUGAUGGGGGAUUUAGCAUGCUCGACGAAAUCGCACCAACCUGUCUGACCGGAGCACUGGCAUCCGCUAUUUUAUGCGUAUGCUUAGGACAUACGACAAAAGCAAGCGAGAUGUUCCAAUUGUUCACCAAUCUAACCGGAAUUACAAUAUACGAGGCCAAUGCCCGUGCGUACGGAGAUCAAGUAUCGACGAACAUCUUCUGGUUGAGCCGUAAAGCAUUUAACAUGUACAUCUCCGACAGCUUCCAAUUCCCGAACGACGACCACAUUCAUGUUCCUGAUUGCACAUAUGACCACAUGUUCACCCUUGGUUGCAACAGGUGUUAUAUGCACCGGCUAGGAUUACGUGUAUGUACGCUUCUCACCUUUGUCGAGUAG